UAAUAGCGGUGUACCUACGGCGCGGGCAAUAGACGAAUAUUCCAGCGGUGAGGCGGUAGGUAGAUAGGUAGGAAGACACGGAGGAAAAAAAAACCAUGAAAUGUUUUCAAAUAAUAAUGAUAGUAAUAUAUUAUGCUUAGGCCUAUGUAACGCACUACGGACGCGGCGAACAUUGAAUGCAUUAUUAUUUUCAUCAUUAUCGCUUGUGCGACUGUUUCGUGUAGACGUGCGUGGUACAUGGGGAUAUUGUAGUGUAGUUACCUACCAACUAGUAUAAUAUACGGCAGGCAGUAGAGUUGCAAUAGUACAUUUCAUACGGGUAUCCAUACUAUUUCAUUCAUAAUACAUUAUAGUUUUCCGGGGUGUAUUAGAUUUUACCGUAUUUUUUAAUAAUAGCUAGCGUUAAUAAAAUAUUCUACACAUCUGUAUAUUAUAUUCGUGCGGUUGCGGCGACAACACCAUGUCCAACUCUAAUCAGAUAGAGGAAAAUUUUGAAACACUCAAGGAUCUGUUCACCACCAUGAGCCAAGCCAUAGAGCAACUCGAACAACAACAGUCCAAAUUGGAAAAGGACAAUAAAAGGCUCAACGAAACAAACGAUAAGUUGCUAGAAAUUACCAAGAAACAGAGAUUGAUGGUAGGCACUUCGGAUGAAUCAAGAGGUUUAUCUUCAGAAGAUAUAACUAACAAAUACCGAGUAUCACUUUAUAAGAAGCUUGCCGAUCUUGAAAAUCAUCUAUUGCAAAAUCAAACAGCAUUCACUGAUGACUUUAAUUUUGAUGAAAAGGAUGCUAAGCAAAUGCUUAAAUUGAAAGUUCAAAUUCACUCAUUAUUAGAGGAAAACCAAUCAUUGAAAGAUCAGCUUUCAGAUUUCCAGAAUUUGCAUGAUCGGAUAAUGUCUGAAAUCCGAUCAAAGAAGAAUGCUAAUAGCAUCAGUCAACAGCAAGAAAAUAAUGCGAUAAACGCUUCUUCUACUGCCACUGGAUCACUUGACAAAAACGAUGUGCAACCACUUCAGGUGAACGUUAUUGAUAGUGAUGUAGACAAAUUAAAGGAUAAGUAAAAAAAAAGUGUUCAAAGUAUGAUAAGAUGAUUUUAAAGCUAUAAGAGUAGCUUAAUAUUCAGUUAUAAAUUUAUUUUCUUUUUAGUCAUUAGAAAACUUAUAAAAAAUAAAAUGUAUUCAUUAUAUUAAUUUAUAAAAAUUUACCUACAUUAUAUUCACUAGAACUAAAUUUUUUUUUUUAUGAGUUUCUUUACUUAAUUAAAGUAGUCGAUUUGGACUGUUAGUACCUAAGUAAAAUAAGUUGUACUUUUUUUUAAGUUUUUUUUUUAUUGCUUUAUGUUUGAAUAUAUUAAAUGUAUUUUCAAUAACCUUUUGUAUCAAACAUUGAAUUUAUUAAUGAUUUAUAUUUAAAAAAAUAAAUAAAAUAUAACACAAA